AUGCCAGGCGUCAUCAUGGAAGCUGCCAGUGAGACUUUGCGUAAUCAGGGCCUUGGUGUGGCACUAGGAAAUGUGUCUAACUCGUAUGGUGGCAACGAUAAAGCCAGUCAACUCUCUGAUUCCGUCAAUGGCCCAAUCCAUGUCAAUGGUGCAAAUAUGAAUGAUUCGAUGGCACCAUGCAAAAUCCCAGGAGAUAAUACAGAGGCCAAAUUCAACCUACCACAUAUCACUCAAGGAUUCUUUCCAUUCGGAACACUCGUGAAUCGAGCUACGCAACAAUGCUGGAAUGAAUUUUCCGAAUUGAUCACGGAGAUAUCUACCAUUCAAGUUCCUUCUGAAGGCCCUACCCAGCCAGUCACGAGUGGGAAACCUUUCGGCAAUCAAUCUGACGAAAAUAUCCGAAAAAAGGUUCGGAUCAUGGAAUUUGCGAACGCUAAACGGAGUGAAUUCAUCAAGCUCUUAGUUCUCUCUCAGUGGAGUCGACAGGCUGCGGAAGUCAGUAGGCUGAUCGACAUUCAAGGCUUCAUUCGUACGCGCCAUCAAGCCUACGAGGCAGCAGUUCAGUAUGUUGGUGAAAUGAAACGGGAUCUUGUUCGGGCACAAGUGGCCAAUCCUGAUCUGAAAACGGCCCUCGAGGUGCUUUCAAAGGGACGGGUCGUAACCCUACCAGAUUUUGGCUACAAGCCACCCAAACCGCUAACAGCGCGGGCUACCCUCAAAAAAUUACACAAAAUCAACCGCAUCAUCAGCGUUCGAUUGGCAGUUUACGACCAAAUCCCACCGUCCCUACAAAAUUACCGUGUCCAUGACGGCCGUGUCACGUUCAUAGUUCCAGGGGAAUUCGAGCUCGAUCUUUCUGUUGCAGAAGAGGCAGAGACUUCCCAAUUUUUUUUUGUGGACAUUCGUUUUCUCUUCUCACCUUCAUCACCCCUUCUUAAAGGCGCGAUACUCACUGAGCUUGAAUCUAAAACCAAUGAAAUCCUUCGUAAUAAGGGCCUCACAGGAGGAUUUGACUUUCUUCACGGGUUAGUUCUGACUACCAAGGUCAACACCCUCUUCAGACAAGCGGUUGACUUGGCACGUGGUUUGUGGUUGGAUUCUUUGCGAAUCGAAAUGCUGCAUCGAACCCUUGUCGUCCAAUACUGGCCAGCGAGUACAGGACCGAAGAGCUGGAUUGAGAUCGGUGUUCAAAGAUGUCUAAAAGGUGGUACCGGCGAUGCCAGUGGUAAAGUUUCUCGCGUAGGUCUUCGCUGGAUGCGGGAUGGUCAACAGGCAACCAUGGAUUCUAUCCGAUUUGAUGUGAACGACCUCUCUAUGGAGCGUAUUUUGCGAAGCGUUAUUGCAUUGCAUACGUCGCAUAUACUGUCCACCGCAUAUGCCUCCUUGAAAAGGAAUCUUUUAUUCUUCAAUCGCGAGUUAUUUCUACAGGCUCAUUUAUCUCGAUCAGACCCUGGGGAUUGCUACCUCGACAUUCAGUUAACACCCUUCCGAUCCCUUCGCGUCUUUGUCGAACCUUCAUCGGGGACAAUUACACUUUCUGGUACACCUAGUGUGAUGGAUCGCUCGGAAAUCGAAAGAGCUUCGACCAAAUCUGCAAUUGACGAGCUUCUUUCUCGUGUCACACGGCUCCGUUGCGCUACUGCAGUGGACGAAAUAGAGUCUGUUACCAGAGCCCUCGGCCUAGAUAUUGUUAGUCAGAGAGUGUUAGGACUUGACAUUCGCCGAUCAUUUCCCUCCAGCACUAUCCGAUCCUUAUUCUUCACUCACCGGCUUUGGGACCGCCGCUGGGUUGCUGCCGCCACGAGUAGUAUGGAUGGCGACAAGUGGUGGCUGGUUCAAACUCUGGCAUCUGAGACUUCACGCGAAGUGUCCUUCACUUCCGUUGGAUAUAACUCACCGACACAUCGAUUAGCUCAUCCUAUCAGCAACACAUUGAUACCCUCACAUCGGCGAUCCGACUACUCUUCAUGUGCGGAGUUGGUUCAUGGUCUGACAGGGGUCUUGGCUAUUUAUGCUAACGCCCGGUGCCUGGCAGACUUGCCAAAUGUGAAUUUAUAUCCACCACUGGAGAAAUUGAAGUUAGGUGCAGAUCUUGAAGUACCGGAUUUACUCUUUCAGUACAGGCAGUCUUUACUGCCACCCGCCUUUCGGAUAGCAUUGCCCGCGGGGCUCAAACAAGGUUCUUAUCUUCAAGAAACUGUUCGCCUCUCGUUCCACGGAAUAGAUCAACAGAGUCAAUCCGCAGUCUUGGUAGCCCAUGGGAGUCUGCGAUACCGCAUAAAAUCUCUAUUCCCUCUCAUUUCCAGACUUGAUUCUUCCAUUAUUAUGAGCCCUAAUGGCGGGAACUUCUCGAUACGCCUACUUGCUCCCGCUGGUCAAUGCGUUAUCAUUGGCAUAUUUGAACGAUUACAACGACUGGAGUGUCUUCUCUCAAUAUUGCAAUCUCUGAUAAAGAGAGGAAUGGUCCCGCGGUCAUUUUCUUGGUCCCAGAUUGCAUUUGUAUACGGCCCUGAGAGAAAGCUUUCUGGACAGUUUAAAAUCGACGUUUCAGGGCCUUCUUUGUCAUCCGACAUUGAUAUCGCUCGUGCCCUCUCCAAGCCUGAUCCUCUUUUCCGCUUGCAACUGCGGGUCAACUUCGAUAGUCCAAGUCCCCACCGUCGCAUUCAGGAGUCACUUGCCGUGGCUUUGAAUACUCAGUCGAACGAGAUGGGAAUAGAUACCACGCUCGGUUUCAUUUCAGAUACAUUCGUGGUAUUGCAGUCUUUGGAUCAAAUUACCAAACCCCAAACAGGAUCCUCUCUGGUGAUCGUCACCACACGGCGCCCGUCUGUGUUCCUACUUCACUAUCCUCAAGUCAAUUCUCGCUUCCAAUUAUCCGCUCGUGAACGGCAGGACCGCAUGGUGUGGCUAUUAGAAGACAUCAACAGACCUAAUUCGGCCGAACGUGGUCAAGUUGCAACCAUAGUGCGCGAGAAAAUCUACAAUUCUAAAGGCGAUGGCUGGCAAGGCCUAGGGGACGGUGCCACUUCUUCACUUGAAACGGUUGGAAACCUUGUGUCUGAGCUGCAUACUUGUCUGAGUGCUUGUCCCGCGGACCCCAACUGGCAAUCAGAGAAAGAAAAAGGCGAGCAUGCUGUGACCGCGCAGAAUUCUCAAGAUACAUUGGUAACAUCUACUAUUAACCCAGGGAUUGUGCAAAAUUCUGCUCCUCUUGGCGGCAAGUCCGAGGUGAUAACGAUUGACUAG